AUGUAUUUUGUUAAUAUAGUUGGCAAAUUUUCUUAUAAUACUUUUGUUACUUUGAUUGGGUUUAGGGACAUCCAAAAAGCUACUUCUUUGAAAACUGUCGCAUUAUUGUUUCCAGAGCUUUGUGCGGAACUCUUUGAUGGAAGCAGUUCCUCUGGUAAUCUCAACUAUGCCACAUCCCACACACCAUCGGGCCAUGGAUCAUCUUCUUUCCAUAUCAAACCACUACAACUUAUGGACACCCCUUCUAUAAAUAUAGAUGAUGAUGAUGAUGAUUACUUUUCCAAUCAUGCUAGUGAGCCUUUUACCCAACUACCACCUUCAGAUGCUUCACCUUCUGCUGCUUCACCUUCUGGUAACCCCAACAAAAGGGCUAAACCAACAACUCCUAGACCUCAAGCUUCAAGCGCCUCACCUUAUCCUCCUUCUAGCGCCUCACAUAUAACUUCUAUUACUGCUGACGAUUUAGCACUAGAGAUGCAAAAAGCUCUACGACAUUUGACUCAGGGGCCUACAAUUCCUCAAUGUUUAGAGAAGUUGGAAUUGCUUGAGUUAGGCACAAUAGACCAUCUACAAUUUGAUGCUUAUAACAUUUUUGGAAGGACCAUGAGUAUAAGAGAGAUGUGGGUAAAUUUACCCAAUGAUCCAGAAAUAUUAAGAGGAUGGAUCGAGAUGACGGCUACUAGUUUAGGAGUUUUAAAGGAUGGAACGAGUGUUCGUUAG